AUGUUCUGGAUCGCGUUCACGGCCGGCAGUUCCGGCUCCUCAGGCUGUUCCUCUUCUGUAUCGUCCUCGAUUUCCACCACGUCGUCCGUGGUCUCGUUCUCUCUUUCAGGAGCAGAAACGGGCACUGGGGCCGGCUCAACAGGCUGUGUAGCGUCCACCUUGGCUCUUUUGUGCUCGCCGUCGUCGUCGUUUGUCUCAGCAGCCUCCUCCGGCUCCUCCAGCUCGUCCUUCUUCUUUUUCUUGUUCUCCUUGCGCAAAUUGAAUUUCUCCAACUCCUCGUUUAAAACAGGCACAAAGCUGCCAAACUGCGCCCGUUCCAGUCCAGCUAGAAUGUCGUUGGCAUUCACAACCUUGCGGCCCUGA